AUGGAAAAAGCGACUGUUUGCAAGUUUCUACUGAUGUGCGGAGAAAAAAAUGGGAUAAAACGUUAUCACUGUCACAGAUCCGGAAAUUUCAAAAGCGAAGGCCACAAUAAACGACACUUGAAAACUCAGGGCUCAAAAAAAAUUGGCAGUUAUUGCCCAGCACAGAUUGUAAAGUAUAAACAUGAAGAAAAUCCCAACUUACCCAUAAAAGUUGAAUUUCUGAGCACACACAUCGGACACGAAAAUGAUCUUUGCCACGUUACCUUAUCUCCAAAUACUAAGCAAAUGGUCGCAGCAAAACUACUUCAAAAAGUUCCAGCAGAGGCAAUAAUUGAUGAUGUGAGAGAUUCUGUCGUUUCUGAUAAUUUUGAAAGAGUUCAUUUACUGACAAAUACGGACAUCUAUAAUAUCGCUAAAGAAUUCGGUAUCACUUCUGAGUACCAAAAAGAUAGCAACGACGGUGUUAGCGUCGCUAAAUUUGUUACCGAAAUGGAAAAAUCAAAUGGUCGUUCCUCUAUACUAUAUUAUAAAGCCCAAGAUACGAUUGAUGAUGCAUAUCCGGCGUUGAAAAAAGAAGAUUUUGUAUUAAUAUUAAUGAAUCAGCCACAACGAGAAAUGCUGUUACAUUACGGAAACGAUGUCGUAUCAGUCGAUGGAACUCACGGCAUGUCGUACGAUUUUCAAUUGUAUACCUUACUUGUGCUUGAUGAAUUACGAGAGGGGUUUCCAUGCGCAUUCAUGAUUAGUAAUAGAGAAGAUACCGCUGUGAUGACUAUUUACUUCUCUAUAAUUCAACAAAAUUGUGGACAAAUUACUCCAAAAGUGUUUAUGUCAGAUAUGGCCGAACAAUUUGCCAAUGCCUGGAACGCUGUAAUGGGAAGACCUAAAUAUGAACUUUAUUGCACCUGGCACGUCGAUAAUGCUUGGCAAAAAAAUUUGAGUAAGAUUAAGAUCGUCAACGAUGAAGAUGAUACAAGAGACUUUGCUUAUAAGUUAUUACGAACAUUGUUGGAAGAAUUAGAUCAAAAUAAAUUUCACUCUUUAUUGGGAGAAGCAGUAAACACGUUAAUCAACGAUGAAAAAACAGCAGACUUCGGCCAGUAUUUCAAAUCAAAUUAUGCUGAUAAUUUUGAAAAAUGGGCUUACUGUUAUAGACGCUAUGCCGGGGUAAACACCAAUAAUCAUUUGGAACGGAUGCAUGGUACUGUGAAGUACAUCUUUCUGAAGGGAAGAAAAGCUGGACGACUGGAUAAAGCCUUAUUUUAUCUGAUGAAAUUCAUCAAAACCAAGUUAUUCAACCAAGUUAUCGUCGAAAACAAAGGCAAAGUUUCAUAUAAAUUACGUUGCUUACGGAAACGACAUAAAACUUCUACAGAAAUGCAGCAGAAUCUUGUAACUGAAACGACAUCCCAGGAUGGAGAGAAAAUCUACGUUGUUGCAUCAUCUUCAGGAACAUCAAAUUACGAAGUCACAAAGAUUCCUAACCCUGUUCAUAAGUCCUGUAAACUUCUUUGCAAUUACUGUUUCAACACUUGCAUUCAUCAAUACGUGUGUACGUGCAUAGACAACGUUAUUAAACACAAUAUGUGUAAACAUAUUCAUCAUGUAAUUCAAAAUCAGCAGCUAGACAAAAAUUGCUCGGAUUUGUGUGUCACCAAUGAUGUAAAUUCUAUGGAAGUUGAUGAUUCGCGAUCUACUAAUGAGCCAGCUGUCGUUGAAAGUAUCCAGAACCGUAUGAAUGAAGCUAUUCUUUCAGAAGUGAAAGUAACUGAAGAUUUGUCAGCAGCUGACGAGUACUAUGCCAAAGGACGGUCAUUUUGUAAAGAUUACAGUUCCUGUAAGUUUUUUGUUGGAGAAAUGAAAAAAAUUGCUUUGAAAAUGGAGUGUAAUUUUAAAGCGUUUUCACCUACGAAGUGCGCAAAAAGAAAGGAGGAACUGAGAGCGGCGCGUAAAGAUUUGAAGCCAAGUAGAGGUUUGAAACUGACACCUCAGAAACGCCUAUACUCAACUAAGAAAAAAUCAAAACGUUCAUCGAAAAAUAAACACCAAGCACCAUCCUCCGAUGCAAAAGACAUCAUCUGUAAUUCUUUAAUACUACCUCCCGAACCUAAGGUGACCAAUGUAGCGAACAGCAGUGAAAGCAUUCCAAAGAAUGUGAAAUUGAAGCCAAAAAAACCGAGAAAAUCGGUAAAAAAUUGUGAUUUUGAAACUAUAACGGUGCUCUUUAGUGAUAAAAAUGUUCCGUAA